AUGUUUAUUCCGUCUACUACACAUGUACCCCAUAUCAUAUUUCUCUUAUUUCUUCUCUCUUCUUCACAUGUACCCUACACCUUAUUUAUCAUAUUUCUUCUUUCUUCACAUGUACCCUACACCUUAUUUAUCUUAUUUCUUCUUUCUUCACAUGUACCCUACACCUUAUUUCUCUUAUUUCAUCUCUCUUCUUCACAUGUACCCUACACCUUAUUUCUCUUAUUUCUUUCUCUCUUCCUCGCAUACAACGCACACUCUACUUCUGUGCGUAAGUACUUGAUUGUCACUGUUGAACUAAAUUUAAUAUCUAUCUAUCUAUCUAUCUAUCUAUCUAUCUAUCUAUCUAUCUAUCUAUCUAUCUAUUUAUUCCAGCCUGUUUUGUAUUCUUUAACCUUCCUCCUGCUAUCUAAACUUCUGGAGAAAACAAAGAGUUUUUAUUGUGAUGUGUACGAACUAUCUAUCUAUCUAUCUAUCUAUCUAUCUAUCUAUCUAUCUAUCUAUCUAUCUAUCUAUCUAAUUAUAAAUAUUUUAAUUUUAAACAAUAUAAUUCUAUCUAUCUAUCUAUCUAUCUAUCUAUCUAUCUGUGAAUCCCAGAGUUCAAGCAUCUAUCUAUCUAUCUAUCUAUCUAUCUGUCAUCUUUUCCAUUCUCUUUCGAUUUUCUGUCUCACCGUAUCUCUCGCUUAA